CUGUGGUUUUGCUUUCCAGUUUACGAGAAGGUUUAUGGUUGCCGUGGUUCUGCCAUCUAUCUACUAUCUAGUGCUGAAUGAAGCAAGUUUAACAGAGCUGGUGCGCUUCUUGUCUAGUUUCUCCAAUCUUCAAACACCUAAUUAGCAUUGGCCAAGCAAAUAAAACUAUUCGCGGGGUGCGCGAUGACAGCGUAGGACAGAAAUAUUUUUGCUUGACACAAUAUAAAUAUAAAGGUAUAUCGAUAGAAAAAACAGGGACUUGAUCUAACACUCCGUAAUUUGAGAAAUGAUUAGAUAAAUAUUUGCAGCAUUGCUAGGCCUUAAUUGACUCCACAUGACAGAGAUCUUACCAUAAAGACCACGCCUAUAUAUCACUAGCAGGUCAACUAUAACUAUGUUUACAUUUUUGUCCACCACGUGCCAGGCGAUCGAUUUGGUCCCCCACUAAGCACUCUUCUCGAAUAUAGUAAUACACAUUCCACAUCAGCUUGUAUCAAGGAAAUAUGACGACUGUUUUAUGUUCCUCAUUUCUGACAGCGGCUCACUAAAUCACCGUGAUUCCAUAACUCCCAUAAGUUCUUUGCUCCAUCUCUAGAUGUCAACACCCUUCAUGCAUCGAUUUCUAGUGCGCGUGCGCGGUGAUCUUAGCUACGACUUACUGUUUCAACAAUUCCCCACAAUCAUGUAUCUCAGAGAGUGAUAAAAUGUGUGACGUAUAGUUGUGAUGAUUUCAUAUGGAGGUAUAUAAAGGGCAACCAGUUGAAAAUCGGCAAGAUCUUUGAACAAUUGAAUUUGUAAGGGAGGAAAUAACAUCUAGGCGAGAGCGGUAGAACAUCUUGCACCGGGAGCCCGACCAUCAUGGCUGAGACGGAGCAACAACAACAGCAGCAACAGCCGACGCCAGAGCAGCCAACGAAACAGCUCAUUAAGCAGAAAGAAGUUAUUGCGAGCAAGGUUACUGGCACCGUGAAAUGGUUUAAUGUCAAGAGCGGAUAUGGAUUUAUCAAUAGAAAUGACACCAAAGAAGAUGUCUUUGUUCAUCAGUCUGCCAUCAUAAAAAACAACCCAAAGAAAGCAGUCCGCUCCGUGGGUGAUGGCGAGAUCGUUGAGUUCAGCGUGGUGGUUGGUGAAAAAGGUAAUGAAGCGGCCAACGUUACAGGACCCAACGGAGAGGCGGUGAGAGGAUCACCGUACGCGGCCGACAAACGUCGCGGCUACAGGCCGCAGUGGUACUACGGUGGCAGAGGGCGCGGCGGCCCGCCGAUGGUACGCGGCAGAGGCGGCAGAAUGCAGGGCCCGCCCAGGGAGAGCCAGAGCGAAGGGGACGUAAAAGGAGGCGGCGAGGGUGGUCCGCAGGCAGGACCUCCGCGUCGUUAUCGCCCGCGCAGGGGCCGCGGCGGAUACGGCGGCGGAUACUACAGGGGCCCAUACCGUGGACCACCGGGAGGUGACCAGGAGAUGAUCGGAGGGAUGGGACCGCGAGGCAGAGGACCACCAAGACGCUUCUUUAGAAGGAACUUCCGUGGAGGUCGCGGUGGCGGCGUGCGUUCCCGUUCCCAGGACAGUCAAGGAGGUGGUGCAACUAGCGGCGGCGAACAGGGGCCCGAGCAGCAGCAGCAGGGUGGCAGGGGCCAGAGGCCCAGAUACAGGAGGCGUGGCGGAGCGCAGAGACAGCGCAGUGCCAACUCGCAGUCGGACGCUCAACAGACCAACGGUCAAGGUGGGGCACAGCAGCCGGCGGCCGGUGAGGGGCAACAGCAGAACAAGCAGAGCGCUGGGGACCAGCAGAUUAAGGCUCCCGAAUCCGUCCCUGCUACCACUACUGCACCCGCAACCGAAAGGACAGCAGAAGAAAGUCAACCGGUGCAGAACACAACAACAGAAAGCAGUGCUUAAGCGCGCCACGUGAAACAUCACAAUGCGCUCAAGUGUCAACCUUAGUUUAUCUAAUAUCUCUUUUAAAUAACAACCACUGUUUAGCGCGUGAAUUAUUAUAUAAAUAAAACAUACUAUAAUACUAUAGCAGACAAAAGGCGUUUCACAGCACUUAGAUCACGAUUUACUUUUAAUGAUAUGUAUAUAUAUAUAUAUGUAUAACAUAGAUUUUUGUCAACUUAGUAGUAUCUCCCUUAACGUGUGGCGUCUUUCGUGAACAUAUACGGAGUUUGUUGCAUUUCACUUCCUCUCUGGUUGAAAAUCAGAAAUGAAAAAAUACAUUUUUGAUACUUUUAUAUUCACUUUGAUGUUUGUAGGAGCGUAUAAUUUGUAAAAUGUUUUAGGUAGCCUGUAGUUGACGUGCUUGAGGGAAAGUGGGGUUCAAACUCCGGUUAGAAUUUUUUUUGAGUAUCGCUCGGUGUGUGAAACGUCUUAAGACCUUAUGUCUAGCUGCGGUGAUUUUUUCCAUAACAAUUUGAAGAAAAAACAUGUUAAAAUUCGAUGCGUGACUUUCUAACAACAUGAGUUGCGUGUCGUAUCAAAAAAAUAUGAUAAAUGAAACAUCUAACUUUUGUUUUUCCAUCUUUGAAACAAGGGCAGAAGAUAAAACUGAAACAAAAAUUAGAAAAAACGGAUAAAAAAAUUCGUAAAAAUAAAAAACGGAACAGUUUGUUUCUCUGUAGUUUUUUCUUGGGUAUUUUUUGAUUUUCCAUCAGAUAAUGUUUGUGUGAAUGGAAAAUUAUUGGUAUUAUAUUUUGGGUGCUAUUAAGUAAUCUUGAUGUACACUCUGUCAAUCACAAUGUAAUUUGUACACAAAAAACUUGAUACAUUCGCCAAUAUGUACCAGUUGUAUUUUUAUUUGAUUUUUUUGUACAUUUUUGUUUAUAUCAUGGAAUGAGGCGGGAAAUAAAUCAACUGUUCUGGAAGCGAUUGUUUUUAUAUUAUACUAGCCUGUUACCCGCCACUUCGUACGCGUUAAAUUGUCACUAACAUAUAACGUUGUUUUUGAAUAUUGCGAUAACUACAUUGCAUUAGUUAGUAAAUUGACAGUCAACUUGCAUACUUGGAAAAUUUGGUUAUUAUUUGGUUAACCAAUCAUUACCAAUUCUUUGAAGUGAGCAUUUUAAAUUGAAGUGAAUUUUACAUUGUAAAAGUUACCUCUGCCAUAUUUCCAGUUACACACUCCUUUCUUAGUUCAAGUCUACUCAAAACAGAGCCUCAUCAUUGACCAUUUUUAGAUUCUGAAAACACCAAACAAUUUCAAACAAUCUUGCAAGUGCCUAAAGGGCACCUUAAUCCGGCCCUGUCACAAAAUCGCUUUUAGCUGAAAUAUUUUGUCCAUAAGCUACCUCCCUGCCAAAGUUCAUGUUUUUAGGUCAAAUAAUUUCCCAAAUUCCGUGAAUAGUAUGUAUUAUAUUUUCUCUAAGCCUCCUUAAUCUAUAGCCCUGUUGCGAAAUGCGUGUUUAGCUCAUAUUCCUUCUCCAUGAACUCGUACAUCUCUACUAAAUGUCAUCUUCAUAGGUUAAAUAGUGCCCGAGAUUUCGUAAUUUCUGUGUAUUUUUUCGCUUGUGUAUAUAAUUGUCGUUAGCUCCC